AUGGGCGCUGCGAACACUGCGCCUUCGUCACCUACUAUGUCGCGAUCAAAUAGCACGUCUUCAGUACUCUCCCAGUCUUCGCACAAGUCUGAGCCUGCAUGGUAUAGUAGCUACAACGGAGUGGAUACUACGAAGUCGCGCAAAUCGUCCACUGUCUCGACCAAGACAACGCCCGCGAGCAGAGGCGAUGGCAACAGCGGCUUGAAGUCGUUCUUUUCUGCAGAAGGGCGGGCAGAGCGCAAGGAGCAGAAGAGGAAGGAACAAGAGAAGCUAGAGAAGACAGUCUUGACCUCCAGGCAUGCGGCCACGGUCAGAACGAGGAUGCUGCUGGAACAACACAACCUCAGAGGUGGCCCAAAGGUUGCCAACGUCACUGGCACGACCAAGAGUGUACAUCUUACAGCAGCUGCGCAGCAGACAAGGUUACCGCACUCGGGCCCCCCUGCUCUCCAUGUAGCCGUCAAAGCCGACAACCGCGACAUGCCUGCGCUCUCUCGAAUCAUGUCUGGAGAUGAAAGGGACGAGGAAGACGAGCGGUUGGAGAGGGACAGGGAAGAAUGGCUCAGAAAGAAGGCGGAUGUCACAAUGCGUAAGGUGACUGAAAGAGACGGUGACAGCGACGAGGACGAACCUCCGACGACCGACGGCCAGUUGCUCGAAGUCGAUGGCACGCGAUUGAUCGGUGUAAGGAUGGAAGGACAAGCCUAUACCCCGAAGCCCGUGAAACUGCGGCACGGCGUAGGCGCUGGUUGGUCCAAGGACAGUGCCGGUGUUUGGAGGCGAUGA